AAGGCAGGUUGGGAGGGGAAGUCGGGAAGGAGGCGGAAGAGGAGCUGUCUGAAAGGGGAGGAGGGAGGGAGGCAAAGAGGAGGAGGCGGAGGAGAAUUGAGCUGAGCAGAGCAUCGAGCCAAAGGGGAGAUGAGUUUGUCUGUCCUCGGCUAAGGCUCCGGCCGGGCCUAGGGAACUGGGAGCUCGGGCUGGAGCGACACCCGUGGAAGUGGGAGGAGGUGGCUCUGGGACUUUAACCCCUUGUGGGCUCUGCGGCAGGGGAUUUAACCCUUUGUGGAUUCGGCCCCUCGGAGGAAGCGUCAUCGGGUAGUUUUAACCCCUUCGGGGCUGGGUUUAACCCGUUGGACUUAACCUCAUCUUCUUGCCCAACUCCUUGAUCGUGGGGGCACUCGGCGGGGAGGCUUGAAGCCCACCCCGUCCGCACGUUACGUACUGUUCCAGCCGCUGCACCCCUUGGACCCGCUAGCUGGCCGCGCUGUGGGCGCUUAACCCUUUACUGACUCGAGCUCCCAAGUUGCGUCUGGAGUUUGCUGACAGAAGGACUGGCUAAAGGCGUCACUGCAGAAAUUACAGAUCGAAGACAACUAUUGGACAUUUUUUUAAAAGAAAAGAAAAACCUCUUUUUCCUUAAGGACUUAGAGCCAAAAUUUCUCAAACUUCAAGGACUCCUCUAGUCAUGGCCGAGCCACUCUUGUCAGAAUAUCAACACCAGCCUCAAACUAGCAACUGUACAGGUGCUGCUGUUGUCCAUGAAGAGCGGAACCCUGAGCGCCCCCCAGGCGCGGAGGAGCGGGUGCCCGAGGAGGACAGUAGGUGGCAAUCGAGAGCGUCCCCCAAGUCGGGUGGCCGGCCGGGGCCGGAGGGGGAAGGGAGCCAGGAGCCCCAGCCUCCUCCCCUGCAGACCCAGGCCUGUCCAGAAUCAAGCUGCCUGGAAGCAGGCGAGAAGGGCCAAAAUGGGGACGACUUGUCCGCUGGUGGCAUCUCCCCGUCGGCGGGAGGGGAACCGACGUCCGAGCCGCUUGCCCAACCGUGUCAUGACUCGGAGGCCAACAAGUUGGGGGCUCCUGCCGCUGGUGGCGAGGAAACGUGGGGACAACAGCAGAGACAGCUAGGUAAGAAGAAACAUAGGAGACGCCCCUCCAAGAAAAAGCGACAUUGGAAACCGUACUACAAGCUGACCUGGGAAGAGAAGAAAAAGUUCGACGAGAAGCAGAGCCUGCGAGCUUCCAGGAUUCGAGCCGAGAUGUUCGCCAAGGGCCAGCCGGUCGCGCCCUAUAAUACCACGCAGUUCCUCAUGGAUGACCACGACCAGGAGGAGCCAGAUCUCAAAACCGGCCUCUACCCCAAACGAACCGCCGCCAAAUCCGACGAUACUAGUGAUGAGGACUUUAUGGAAGAAGCGGGUGAAGAGGACGGGGGUAGCGACGGGAUGGGAGGGGACGGCAGUGAGUUUCUGCAGCGGGACUUCUCGGAGACGUACGAGCGGUACCACGCGGAAAGCCUGCAGAACAUGAGCAAGCAGGAGCUCAUCAAAGAGUACCUGGAGCUGGAGAAGUGCCUCUCGCGCAUGGAGGACGAGAACAACCGGCUGCGGCUGGAAAGCAAGCGGCUGGGUGGCGACGACGCGCGUGUGCGGGAGCUAGAGCUGGAGCUAGACCGACUGCGCGCGGAGAACCUCCAGCUGCUGACCGAGAACGAACUGCACAGGCAACAGGAGCGUGCGCCGCUUUCCAAGUUUGGAGACUAGACUGAAACUUGCGGGGAGGGGGCAAAGGGGACUUUUUACAGUGCUGGAAUGUAACAUUAUAUACAUGUGUAUAUAAGACAGCGGACCUUUUUAUGACACAUAAUCAGAAGAGAAAAUCCCCCCGGCUUUGGUUGGUUUGGUAAAUUUAGCUAUGAUGUAGCUUGCGUGCUUUCUCCUGUUCUUUAAUUAUGUGAAAAUGAAGAGUUGCUUUUCUUGUUUUCCUUUUUAGAAGGCUUUUUAAAAAAAAUGUGUAAGUAAUUUGACCAAGUUAUAAUGCAUUUUUCUGUUAAAAAAAAAAUAAUCCCCUCCUUAAGUGGAGCUACAAGGUGGCCAAAUCUGAGAACCAUUAAAUUCAUUCUAGUUAUAAUAAAUUUAAUAUUUGUAAAUGUAACAUAGUUUCAGUGUGAUUUCUAGACCUAACUCAAAAUACUCUCGAUUUAUGAGACUGCAUUUUUGAGGAGAGGUGAUGAAAUAGUCAAAUUGUCAGUUUGAAAAAAAAAAAUUAAUGGGAGAAUUUUCUAUUUGCCUUUCCCCCCCUUGAAUGAGUUUUAGUAU